UUCAUUUUCAUUUUCGUUUUCAAUUUUGUGGGUCAAUCGCGCUUUUCCGCUUCGCUUUUCACGCCGUUUUCUCCGCUUAUCGAUUGCAAAAACGGUAAUAAUGCCGCACUGCCGGGAAAUCAAAAUGGUUCUGAAGCGCUUCACACGCUGCCACGAAGAGGAGAUCCCCCCCGAGCUGGAGGGCUACUUGAAGUUCGUGUCCAGAACCGGGAAGACCGUCUACCGCUGGUACAACCUGAAGUACCUCUUCCGCCAAAAGCUGAUCAACGUGAUCAUGAAUUUCGGGGGAUCCCGUCCAGAAGAUAUUCCCAGCUACCCCAAUGUGGAUCCCUUUAACUUUGAGAGAAUCAAGACCACCCUUCUCGCCCGCCUCGAACUCUUCGAGGCCGCUCCCUUCACCAUUCAGCGUCUGUGCCAGUUGCUCGUCUUUCCCCAUCAGCACUACUCUCGAGUGGACAAGUUCAUGCGCGCCGUGGAGCGCUGCAUUCUGGUGGUCACCACCGUUGAUCAGAAGGGCAGGCGACCCCGCGAUAUUGCCUACCAGGCGUUGCAGUUCAGCGAGGAGGAGGAGGAGGAGGAGGAGGCUUCCCCAUCAGAAGUCAACGUUGCAAGCGACGGUGAAUGGGAGAGAGAGGUGGAGCCGGUCGCGGUGGAUGAAGAGAUGGAGGGACUGGUGGAGGAGGAGGAGGAGAUGGAGGGGUUGAUGGAGGAGGAGGAUGAGGCUCCCAUCACCUUUCCCACAUCCACUCCCGCUUCUCCUUCCCCGUCCAAUUCCCCUUCCAAUCCCAUUCCCACUUUCACUUUCGUUUUCAAACCCCAUUCCCCUCCCAGUUCCCCUCCCCCUUCCCCACCCACAUUCACUCCCACACCCUCGCCUCCCACUUCCCCACCCUCUCUUGGUGCUCAGAAAGCCAGGACUCCGCGCUCGGACGACAUCAUCCAGCCGAGGGCCAAGAAGAUCAAGAUGCGAAGGGGAACCGAUGAGGAGCAAUCCACGGAGGCUGGGUCGCCAAUGGAAAUCGAUUCGGAAUCCGAGAACGAGAGCCAGGACGAGGACGCAGACGAUGAAGAGAACAGUGCCCCUUGCCAUUACGGUCCUCCAUAUUACUCCGUUUCCGAAUCCGAGUACGAAGAGAUCCAAAACGAAAGCGAAGACCAGGACGAGAACUCAGCCGAAGAAGGGGACAAGACCCCGUGCCAUGAUGGUUCAGCUGAUUAUAACACUUCCGAAUCCGAUAACGAGGACAAGGACAAGGACGAGGACAAGAACGAGAACGAGAACAAGGACAAGGAUGAGGACGAAGAGGAGUACGAGGACGAGAAUGAGGUUGAGAAUGAAGACAAGGACGAGGAUGAGGAUGAGGAUGAGGAAAAGGACGAGGACAAGGAGGAUAAGGAUGAGGAAGAGAACGUAGAUAAGGUCGAGGAUGAGGAUGAGGAAGAGGACGAGAACAAGGACGAGGAUGAGGAAAAGGACAAGGAUGAGGAUGAGGAAAAGGACGAGGACAAGGACAAGAAUGAGGAGGAGGACAAGGUCGAGGAUGAGGACAAAGACAUGGACGAGGACAAGGUCGAGAACAAAGCCAAGGACGAGGACAAGGUCGAGAACAAAGUCAGGGCCGAGGGCGAAUUCGCAGAAGGGAACAAGUCCCCGACCUAUUUCAAUCCCGCAUUCUAUGGCCUUAUCGAAAUCGAAGAGGAGGACUAUGACGAUGGCGAUAGCAGUCCCGAGUGGUGGGACGACUCCGAAGAAGAGGAAGAGUCUAAGAGCGGGGAGGAGUCCGAGGACGAGGACCAGGUUGAUGAAGGGAACAGGAGGAUCCCAUCCAUUUGGGGUCCUCGGUAUAAUGAGAUCGACAUGGUUGAUGAAGGGAACAGGACACCAUCCCAUUGGGGUUCUGCGUAUUAUGAUAACGAGGAGGAGCAAGAGGACCAGUUUGAUGAAGGGAACAGGACCCCAUCCCAUUGGGGUCCUGCUUAUUAUGAUAACGAGGACAAGUACGGGGAUCAUAACGAUGACAGGAUCAGGAACCGCAAUAAGAAGAAGCGAUACGGUCCUGCCAGUCCCGAUAACAAGAGAGAGUUCGAUAACAAGAAAGAGUUAGAUAACAAGAAAGAGUUAGUUAACAAGAAAGAGCUCGAUAACAAGAAAGAGCUCGAUAACAAGAAAGAGUUAGACAACAAGAAAGAGUUAGACAACAAGAAAGAGUUUGAUAACAGGAAAGAGUUCGAUAACAAGAUAGAGUUAGAUAACAGGAAAGAGGUCCGAAACCCCAAAAAGCGAUGA